AUAUAAUAUCAAUGAUACGUGACAUUGAUCAAACAAAAUUCAUAUGAAUAUUUUCGGAUCUUGUACGGUUUAAUUCUGCGAGUUGGUGAGCAUUUCAUACAACUUAAAUAUAACAAUGGUGAGUGGUCGCCAAUUCCGUGAAUCUCUCCAUCGCCCGCUCCCGAAUGCACCAGUCCAGAAAAGUUGUCGCCAGGUUCCCGCGUUUACAGUUCAAGCAUUGCAACGUGGCACAUGCACUCUACCUCCUCCAACCUGCAAUCCUUAUCAAGAGAUACCAUACACUAAGAAGCGCAUAUUUAAAACCUCGUACGAUCGUGGAGAAUUGCCGAUUUCGGCGGACGCUAACAAAACCAGCGUCAUUUGGAAAGUAAACUUGAAUAAGAUAGAUUACAUCCACUAUCUCCCAGUUUUCUUUGAAGGCUUAGUCGAAAAUGAAGAACCGUACGUAUUUAUUGCCCAACAAGGUAUCUCUGAUCUUCUCAAUAAUGGCGGACACAAGAUAUUUCCGUGUAUUCCACAACUCAUUCUACCAAUGAAAAGAGCUUUAAACACUAGGAACAAAGAAGUAAUGAUGCGCGCAUUAAAAAUUCUUCAACACUUGGUCAAAUCUUUCGACAUGAUCGGCGAAGCUCUUGUGCCUUAUUAUCGCCAACUGUUGCCACCGUUGAAUCUCUUUAAAGAAAAAAACGUUAACUCAGGCGACGACAUUGAUUACAGCCAAGUAAAAGGUAUUAAUCUUGCUGAUAUCAUAAAUGAAACAUUGGAACAACUUGAACUUCAUGGUGGGGAAGAUGCUUUUAUUAACAUCAAAUACUUAUUGCCCACUUACGAAUCAUGCGUCAUGAAUUAGAUUGUGUGCAUUAUACAAAUUUAUAAAUCAAUUUACCAAAGCACUUCAUUCAUAUGCACAAUAAAACAUUUGAAAAUAAUUGUGCAAUGCACAUUAAUAAUAAAAUGGGGCACCUAAAAAUAUACCCACUGAAUUAGUAUUUAUUGAUAUUUAAUAAAGAUACACUGCAAAAACGACGACAACUGCAAAAAUUGUACUCUGAAAAACGGAAUAAAUUGCAUCAAAUAUGUUAGUGGACAAUUAUUAAACAAA